CGGAUGGCCCCCGCUCUUCAUCUUCCAACGAUUGCACUCGUUGCAUGCUUCCGCUUUCUUAAUAAUUACAAUCCAAGGGGUAUCGUCUCGAAUUCUGAGCAUUUUUCAAUAGUCCACAGUUAGUACCAGAGUCAGAAUCAUGCCGAAUCCGCCUAUUCAAAGAGUCGACCUCAACCCCCCACCACUCCACGAACUCGUCGAUGCUAUCAAGACCAAGAUGGUACAGAACUUCAAAUCAGCAUCAGUAACAGUCGAAGAAUGUCCGGAUCUUCGCGAAGCACCCUACAGCCUCGCUUGUACUGGUUUGAGUGGGUCUCCCCGCAUCGCGGACGUGGGUGGACAGCCCAACCUAGCACCUACCCCAAACUUUACCAAGAAGUACGAUCUGCUCAACAUCGCAAAACUUAUGGAAAUGCCCGAAAACCAAGGGGCAAUGCUGGGCGCAGCAGCAGGACCGUUUCACGUGGUUGGCAUGAACUCGGAAUUGAUGCCAAAUCUGGCGUGGUGGAGCGACAAGCUUGUCAACGAGACGCAUUGUGCCAGAGUCAGAGAUGACGGCAGCGCGCUGUGUGAGAAGCUGGAUUCUCAGGACUGUGCGCUGAUGGCGAAUCUCUUUGGCAGCGCUGGUCUGCCAGGCGAUGUACUACAUAUCACAGCAUCUUCGCGGAAGGGCUCUCUCAACUUCACCGAAGUCAUCCGCAAGGCAUUGAAAGACGCAUACGGCACGCGAACGAUAUCUCUUGGAGGUGUGUUCGUUAUCUCGAGAGGCAAGGCGAAGUUGCACGUCAUGCCUGACUUCUCGCCGACUCCGUUGAUCACAGAUGAGCAGAAGCAGAAGUGGUUGAAGUUCUACAACAUGAAAGCUCCGUUGGUGUGUUUGAGCGUACUGCAUUCGUAUGAUCCCGGAUUCGAUCUAAGGAUUGAGCACACCCAUUGCUUCUCGCAUCAUGGUGAGGGAGGUCAUUACCAUUAUGACACUACGCCAGAUGACGUGCAGUAUGAGGCUUGGUUCAAUGUAGCAGAGACUCUGUACCGCAUAGACAGACCUUGAGUGUUGUUUGCGAGAUGCUGUCAGUAGACCUUGAUACUCAAAGUCAGUUCGAAAACAUGCAGAAGAUGUGUUGGUUUGCUGCGAACGCUUUGUCAAGGUUAACUCGAUGAGGACUAGACUGUGCAUCCACACCCGUGCAGACAUCGCAAAACGCAAAACGAC